AUGAGAACCGCCAGGCGAGCCAGCACCAUGGAGGUGCCCUCAUUCCUGCGGCAGCUGGUGAGGGAAACCGAAAAGAUGGUGACCUUCUUCUUCAAGGGUGGAAGAAGGGAUUCGGGAUCUGAUGAUGACUACUAUGAAAAUGAUCCGGACGGUUGCAGUCCGUACUUAGAAAGGCCCAUUCUGGCGAAAGAUUCAGCAGAAGGGGAGUCAAAAUGGGGCAUUACCUACGCCAUGGCCAGUAUGCAAGGCUGGCGAGCACAGAUGGAGGAUUCCCACACUUGCAUGCCAGAGAUGAGCGAUGCUCUUCCAGACUGGAGCUAUUUUGCUGUGUAUGAUGGACAUGCGGGGAGAACAGUGGCUCAGUAUUCCUCCAGACACCUGCUGGAUUUUAUUCUUGACACAGGUUGUGUGACGGUGGAGGAGGAUGUAGAACAGGUCAAAGAUGGCAUCAGAGAUGGCUUCCUUGCCAUCGACCGCCACAUGCACACCCUGUCCCGCAACGAAAGCUGGGACCACAGUGGAUCCACAGCCGCCUCUGUCAUGAUCUCCCCACGAAACUUCUACUUCAUCAACUGUGGAGACUCGCGGACCUUCCUCUGCCGCAACGGCCAUGUGGUGUUCUAUACAGAGGACCACAAACCCUUCAACCCACGUGAGAAGGAGCGCAUUCAGAACGCUGGUGGCUCUGUCACCCUGCAGCGCAUCAAUGGGUCGCUCGCCGUGUCCAGAGCGCUUGGUGAUUUCGACUUUAAGGAGGUGGAAUGGAGGGCUCAGACCGAGCAGCUGGUGUCUCCUGAGCCUGAGGUGUACGAACUGGAGCGGACCCCAGAAGACGAGUUUCUGGUGGUGGCGUGUGAUGGUGUUUGGGAUGCCAUUGGGAAUGAGGAUCUAUGCGCUUUUGUGCGCAACCGUCUGCAUGUCUGCGAUGAUCUGAGGGAGAUCUGCUCACAGGUCAUUGACCUCUGCCUCUACAAGGGGAGUUUAGACAACAUCACCAUUAUCAUCAUCUGUUUCGAUGGGGCUCCCAAGGUCACGCAAGAGGCACUGCAGCAGGAGGCCGAGCUCGAGCAGCUCAUCGAGCAGAAAGUAGCAGAGAUUAUUCACGUGAUCAGAUCUAAAGACGAGGAGCCUGAUCUGCUGUAUGUGAUGAAAUUUCUGGCAUCUGAACACAUUCCGGGCCUUCCACCAGGUGGAGGAGUCUCAUGCAAGAGAGAUUGCAUAAUUGCCGCAUAUCAGAAAUACGCAGCAGCCUUUAGACCUCUUGAGCCGAUGGACACCGGCGGCUCUGAUGACUCCACCUAG